AUGCCAAACUGCCCCAAAUGCAAUAAACCAGUGUACUUCGCCGAGAAAAAGACUUCGCUUGGCAAAGACUGGCAUUCGGCUUGCCUGAGAUGCUGCAAUGCAUCGUGCAACAAAACCUUAACCCCCGGUAAUCAUGAUGAACAUGAAGGGAAACCUUACUGCCAUACCUGCUACAGUGCUCUUUAUGGACCGAAAGGUUACGGCCAUGGAGGAACCGAGAGCCACACGUUCCAUGGCGGAAAGACCGGUUAA